AUGCCGGGAUGGGUCGUCUAUCCUGAAUCCCUCCCGGGUCCUGAUUCCGGUUCUGCAACAGUUAAAACCACUGUCGAGAUCGUCAAGCGCGUUCUGCCCAGCCCGGCAGGGUCCAGCUUCCCAGCCGCUGGAACAGCCAGCCACCUGGACGCGUUCCUGCACCUGCAUCUGGUGCCCGAGGUCUACGCCCUGAAUGUGGUGUCGGACUCAGAGAAGCACUCAUUCGAGUACUUGGUCCUCAGCUACCAGCUCAUCUGAGUGACCGAGACCCCGCCCAAGGCCAAGUGGCAGGUCGUGGCGCUGGGGGACUUCGUGCCCUUUGUUCUGAUUGAUGGUUACCCAGAAUUUUUGAGUCCACAAUAUAGAGAAACCAACCAACACAUUCGUACAGUCUGUUCAUCUCUUUUGAAAAAGAGUGAAAAAUAAAAAGUUGUCAGGACAUUUUUGUUACCAUUUCAUCACACCAAUGCUAACAACGAAAAAGUCAAGGAAGAGGACAGUGGCCCUUUCCUUGGAGAGAUAGUCCAUGGCGAGCAAAAUCAGCAAGUUAGAAACCGCAACAUAGGAAUUCGGGAGUGUGCCUUUCGACCCUUAGCCGCCCCCUCCAGGAGGAGCUGUCCGCCCACACCAGCCAAGGGCGAGGCUAUCAGCGUUCCAUCUUGCAGCACAAAAGAACCCCAGGGACUUCCAGAUCACAAAGACUCUGUAAAUGAAAUCCCUUUCAAGUGCAAUGGGAACGGAAGUGAGUGUUACUUAGGAAAUUCCUUCCUGGCGUCCCCUUUACAAAGCAACCCAAACCUACAGAAAAAAGAAUCAGAACUUCAUUUGUAACUGUCAUCAAUAUUUCUGCACUUAAAAAGCUCAUGAAACAAUUACAUUAUAAAAGCUACUCUUUCACAAGAUCCCCUAUAUGUCAGAUCUCCUAUAUGUCCUGUCCUCUCUAGCCCAUUCUCCACUACAACUGAGGGUUCUUUCCGAAACACAGGAUCUGAUCACAUAGCACAGUACAAUAACUCCCAGCUCAGCCCCUUACUGGUGAAUGAGCCAGUGCAUGAAAAAUCUGAGGAGAAAAUUAAGCAUUUCAGUCAACUUAAAUCUGAACUUUUUCUUAAAGACAAUACUUUGAGGAAGAUACUUUAUUUAAUUAUGGAACUUAAAGUAGCAUCCCAGAAAAACUUUAUUUUGAAAAGGAUUUUGUGGAAAACCAGUGACCUUUUCUAUUUCCUAGUGAACAAACUUAAUGAGUACCUGCCAGAGUCUACAGAUAGGAAUGCACUUCAAAAUAAAAGCCAAAGAGCUGAUGAGCUGGUGGUAUGCAUUGAAAUCAUACAGGCCCUGAGACUGAUGUUCAGAGAAACCGAAACUGAGUCAUCACAUCUGAACACACUGGACUCUAAAAAGGGAAGAAACACUAAUCUCUUGGUAAUAUUAAUUAGCAAGCCUCAGGUUCCAAAAUCCUGACCUAUCUUGUUGGUGGCUGAUUCUUUAGUUGAGAUGUCUUUGGAUGCUGAGGGGCUGGGUACAGCUACUUUUGCGGCCAGUAUUGUGAAGCAAGUGGUGAAGGGGCUUUCAGCUUCAUUUCAGCUGUUAAAUCCCAGCCAAGCAGUUCUGUUGUACCAGCAGUUUUACAUCCUCGAGAGCCGCCUGCACUACAGCAAGACUUUAGCUGAGUAUAUUAGGAGAAAUGACAGAGAAGAAUUCAGGUACUACGUUCACAUGCCAGCCUUGGGGAAAAGGCUCCCACUGUGUUACCCUAUUACCCAGCCCACCACUCAACUUUUUCAUGAAGUUCUAAAAUUGGUUGAACAGAAACAAUGUGUGAAAUGUUAA